AUGGCGCCGUGCGGACGUGUCCGGGGCCGCGGGCCGGGCCCCGCGCUCCUCCCGCUCCUGCUCCUCGCCACAGCGGCCGCGGCGGCCGGGCCGCCUUGCAAGGAGCCUGGGGGAGCGCCAGCGAUGGUGGGAGGAGGAGGAGGAGGUGGAGGAGGAGGAGGUGGAGGUGGUGGCCCGCGGGGGCCCCGGAGCGGUGUUGGAGGAGGAGGGGGGGGCUCCGGCGGCGGCUGGAAGCUGUCUGAGGAGGCGGUGUGCCGCGAGGACGUGGUGAGGCUGUGCUCCAAGCACAGCUGGGCCAACAACCUGGCCGUGCUCGAGUGCCUGCAGGAUGUCCGCGAGCCAGACAACGAAAUCUCUUCAGACUGCAACCACCUCCUGUGGAACUACAAGCUGAACCUGACUACAGAUCCGAAGUUCGAAUCCGUGGCCAGAGAAGUCUGCAAGUCCACUAUUGCAGAGAUCAAGGAGUGUGCAGACGAACCCGUUGGUAAAGGCUUCCUGGUGUCGUGUUUGGUGGAUCACAGAGGCAACAUCACCGAGUACCAGUGCCAUCAGUACAUCACUAAAAUGACAGCCAUUAUCUUCAGCGAUUAUCGGCUGAUCUGUGGCUUCAUGGACGACUGCAAGGCUGACAUCAAUCUCCUGAAAUGUGGCAGCAUUCGACCCGGAGAAAAGGAUGCCCACUCGCAAGGGGAGGUGGUGGCGUGCCUGGAGAAAGGCCUGGUGAAGGAGGCGGAGGAGACCGAUCCCCGGGUGCAGGUGUCCGAUCAGUGCAAGAAGGCCAUUCUGCGGGUAGCCGAGCUCUCCUCCGAUGACUUCCACCUGGACCGGCACCUCUACUUCGCCUGCCGGGACGACAGAGAGAGAUUUUGUGAAAAUACGCAGGCUGGGGAAGGCCGAGUUUACAAGUGCCUCUUUAAUCACAAGUUUGAGGAAUCGAUGAGUGAGAAGUGCCGUGACGCGCUGACCACACGCCAGAAGCUGAUUGCCCAGGACUACAAAGUCAGUUACUCGCUGGCCAAGUCCUGCAAGAGUGACCUGAAGAAGUACCGCUGCAACGUGGAGAACCUUCCCCGCUCCCGGGAGGCCAGGCUGUCCUACCUCUUGAUGUGCCUGGAGUCGGCUGUGCACAGAGGUCGGCAAGUGAGCAGCGAGUGCCAGGGCGAAAUGCUGGACUACCGGCGCAUGCUGAUGGAGGACUUCUCCCUGAGCCCCGAGAUCAUCCUCAGCUGCCGGGGGGAGAUCGAGCACCACUGCUCCGGCCUGCACCGCAAAGGGCGCACGCUGCACUGCCUGAUGAAGGUGGUGCGGGGGGAGAAGGGCAACGUCGGGCUCAACUGCCAGCAGGCGCUCCAAACGCUGAUCCAGGAGACUGACCCCGGGGCAGAUUACCGCAUCGACCGCGCGCUGAACGAGGCCUGCGAGUCGGUCAUACAGACGGCCUGCAAGCACAUCCGCUCCGGGGACCCCAUGAUUCUGUCUUGCCUGAUGGAGCACUUAUAUACAGAAAAGAUGGUGGAGGACUGUGAGCACAGGCUCCUGGAGCUCCAGUAUUUUAUAUCUCGUGACUGGAAGUUGGACACGGUCCUGUACCGCAAGUGUCAGGGAGACGCCUCCCGCCUGUGCCAUACCCACGGCUGGAACGAGACGAGCGAGCUGAUGCCCCCAGGGGCGGUGUUCUCCUGCCUGUACAGGCAUGCCUACCGCACCGAGGAGCAGGGAAGGAGGCUAUCGCGGGAGUGCCGAGCGGAGGUACAGCGCAUCCUCCACCAGCGGGCCAUGGACGUGAAGCUGGACCCAGCCCUGCAGGACAAGUGCAUGAUAGACCUGGGGAAGUGGUGCAGCGAAAAGACAGAGACAGGGCAGGAGCUGGAAUGCCUUCAGGACCAUCUUGACGACUUGGUGUCUGAUUGCAGAGACAUAGUGGGAAACCUUACUGAGCUGGAGUCUGAGGACAUUCAAAUCGAAGCCUUGUUGAUGAGAGCGUGCGAGCCUAUUAUCCAGACCUUCUGUCACGAGGUUGCAGAUAACCAGAUUGAUUCUGGGGACCUGAUGGAGUGUCUAAUACAGAACAAACACCAGAAGGAAAUGAACGAAAAAUGUGCCAUCGGAGUUACUCAUUUCCAGCUGGUUCAAAUGAAAGAUUUUAGGUUCUCGUACAAGUUUAAAAUGGCUUGCAAGGAGGAUGUGCUGAAGCUUUGCCCCAACAUCAAAAAAAAGGUGGACGUAGUGAUCUGUCUGAGCACAACCGUGCGCAACGAUACUUUGCAGGAUGCCAAGGAGCACAGGGUGUCUCUGAAGUGCCGCAAGCAGCUGCGCGUUGAGGAGCUGGAGAUGACCGAGGAUAUCAGGCUUGAACCAGAACUGUAUGAGGCUUGUAAAAGUGACAUCAAGAAUUACUGCCAAAAUGUGCCCUAUGGCAAUGCUCAGAUCAUCGAAUGCCUGAAAGAAAUCAAGAAGCAGCUGAGCACACGGUGCCACCAGAAGGUGUUUAAACUGCAGGAGACAGAGAUGAUGGAUCCGGAGUUGGACUACACGCUCAUGAGAGUCUGCAAGCAGAUGAUCAAGCGUUUCUGUCCAGAGGCAGACUCAAAAAAUAUGCUGCAGUGUCUGAAGCAAAACAAGAACAGUGAAGUGAUGGAUCCUAAAUGCAAGCAAAUGAUAACCAAGCGCCAGAUUACCCAGAACACAGAUUACCGUUUAAACCCAGUGCUCAGGAAGGCCUGCAAAGCAGACAUACCGAAAUUUUGCCAGAACAUCCUGAACAGGGCUAAGGAUGAUACAGAACUGGAGGGGCAAGUCAUCUCCUGCCUGAAGCUGAAAUAUGCAGACCAGCGUCUCUCUCCAGACUGCGAGGACCAAAUUAGAGUGAUAAUCCAGGAAUCAGCUCUUGAUUAUCGUCUGGAUCCCCAGCUCCAGAUGCACUGUUCGGAUGAGAUUUCCAGUUUGUGUGCUGAAGAAGCAGCAGCUCAGGAGCAGACCGGGCAGGUGGAAGAAUGUCUGAAAGUCAAUCUGCUGAAAAUAAAAACUGAAAUGUGCAAGAAGGAAGUGCUCAACAUGCUGAAAGAAAGCAAAGCAGACAUAUUUGUGGACCCGGUGCUGCACACAGCCUGUGCCCUAGACAUCAAGCACCACUGUGCUGCUAUUCCACCGGGGAGAGGGCGCCAGAUGUCCUGCUUAAUGGAAGCUCUGGAAGAUAAACGUGUGAGGUUGCAGCCUGAAUGCAAGAAACGCCUCAACGAUCGCAUCGAAAUGUGGAGCUAUGCUGCAAAGGUUGCCCCAGCGGAAGGCUUUUCUGACCUUGCCAUGCAAGUAAUGACCUCUCCGUCCAAGAACUACAUACUGUCUGUGAUCACGGUUGGCAUCUGUGUACUCUUCCUGAUCGGCCUGAUGUGUGGACGCAUCACCAAGCGGGUGACAAGAGAGCUCAAGGACAGGUAGAGCCUGGAUUGCCUGCUGAAGAAAUGCCUGCCCAGUGCCCAGUUUUGUACAGCCCUCCUCUGUAUAGUCUACCCACCCCCUCUCGUGAGAGGAGAAUUGAAAAAAAAAAAAAAAAAAUUAGAACAGCAGCAGGUGUUGGCUCAGUUUUCCCAUCCUGGAUCUCAUCCACAGCAUCUUCAUCCUAUGAAAGUUUGUGUGCAACAUUGGCAGCCCAGCCAGCAGCUUUUGUUAUCCCUUUGUUAGCAGACUCUCGUUGACCUGCCUGUAGACAAGUCUCUGUUGUACUGUUGGAACUGCCUUCACUCUCCAGAUCAGACUGAUAUGACCUGCAGCUCAAGCAGUUUUUAAGUAAAUUUUUAAAGAAAGACAUAUAUCUGCAUACCAACCAUGAUUUAGGUAAUGGUUCAUACUGAAAUAUAGUCAUCCUCUGUGGCUGGGUGAAAUCGAGGCAGGAAAUUUAAGGGUAAAUUGCAUCUUACACCACAGUUGGCCUUGUUUUGGACAUCUUGCUCAUCUUAUGUAAAGCAUCUUCAGAGCAUAGUCUUGGACAACCUAAGGACGCCAGUCGCUGGUGUCAUCUAGUGAAUAUUCUGCUUUUGUUACUGUGGAUUUUUUUGGCUGAAAAGAUGUCCUCCCUUUUCUUCCUCUGCCGCUCGCAAGAUAGAAUAAAAUACUGACCAGGAUCAAAUCCUCACGUGAGCUGUACAACUUGUAUUUCGGUAGAUCAAAGGCACGGUGUAGACACGAGGCACGUAGAGCCUGUCGGUAGCGUGCAGUGCUGCUGUCAGAGGGCAUCGAGUGCCCGGAUCAGUUAACUCGGCCAACCUUGGUAUUAGUGAUGAUGAAGUAAAAUGUUAACACUCCUUUUAUUUUACCUUGCUGCUGCUAAGCUGUUCCCCUUCUGAAUUAACUCUCUCCGGCGGUACCGACACCCUGGCAGGACAGUGCUUUGUCAGUGAUGCGACUGAUCACUCGACGUACCCAGUGAAACAGCUCCUCGUGGGCUAGUGCAGGGGUUUGCAGCUGACCUGUCCAGGGUCUUGAUCGUUUGUAUUGUAGCACUGAAGAGUGUUUUUAGGUUUUCCACAACUACAAUUGAUAAGGAUAGUGGCUGGUGUUUCCUGGGAUGUAGGAUGUGGGUGCUGGUCCAAAAGGCUACGCAGGAGAGGAUGGGAAGGUGAUGGGUACUGUGUGAAAGGCAGAAAUGUCUGGAUCCAUAAGGGAAAUGGCACAUUUGUUAGUUAACAUCAGCGUGCACACUUCAGCUCUAUAGUUAUGCUUCCAGAACCUGAUGCUCACACCUGAGUGCCCAGGUAUCUUGUGAAUGCUGCACCUGUAGUUGUGGCCCACUGCCGUCAUCCUUCUUCCUCGAGCACGAGGAGGAGUGGAGGUCAGAAGCCACGUGCAGUGGCCAAAACCCAAGGAGAUCGGAUUGAAUAUGUUGGUGAAACCCAGAGGUGACCUCACGAAGUCAGCCUGUACAGCAGGAUGGACGUUACUAGCCCCUUCGAUGUGCUCCCCUGUGCGUGCUGCAAAAACAAUCAUGAGCCUGAACCUGUCCAGCUUGGGCUGAUGCUUGAACCACGACUUUAUUUUCCCACUUAGUGCCCUGCUAGGUAAGAUCUGACGUUCCCAGUUCUCUGUAGUGGUCUCUAGAAGAACAGGGAGACGGUAUUGAGACCUUCUGGAAUGUGGACCAGCUGAUUCUCUUGAUGCUGCAUGUACAGAAUGGCGCAUACAAAAUACUGUGAUGGCUUUUGCUGCCUCUGAGAAGUGCUAGAAAAGGUGUACAAAGAAGCUUUUCGCAACGCCCCUUCAUCCCACUCCGAGGAUGGACAGCAAACUGUUAGCGAUGCGCUCUUAGACUUGCUAUGCUAGCAAAUUUUUCACGAGCCCUUCUGUCUCCAAGUAGUGUGAGCAUAAAGCAAGCAGUAGAGAAAGUCUGAGCAGAGAAUGUGUACGUGAUAGAUUCCAGUGAAGUUCUUAGGUAGAACAGAAGUGAAACCUGAUUUUUUUCUCACCCCUGUUCCCUGGUGCUAGUAGACCUUAGCUGGCCCUCUGUAAAGGUGAACUGGAACAGCAAAGGGACAUUUGGUCACAUCUCUCGAGGUAGCACUGGCUGUGUAACACCACAAAUGAUGGUUUGGCAGUUAUAAAAGUGGUUUGUUUGGUGUGACAGUCCAAGUGCUGAAAUGUCUGCUGUCGAGGUGUGUUCGCAGAGCUACCUGGAAGGGAAGUGGAAUCUUUGUGCAGUCUUGCUCGCGUGGUACAAGCCCUGCUUCUUGAAUGUCUGUCAGAAAUAAUUCCUAUCAGAGGAUUUUUAACCUCCUGAAGCUUCUAAAUAACUUCUGAAAAGGCAUUUUGUAACCUGGUUAGCUUGAUGAAAUACCUAAUUAAGAUGGUUUAUUGUCUAAAAGUAGCAUCUUCCACUAAAUUCCAAAUGGCAUUGCAGUGAAAAUUGUAGGUUUGUAGCUGUAGCUCUGAAUGUAAAUCAUGUUUUGCUCUGAAGGUAACUUCUUUACUUUCUGGCUUUCUGGUUUUUGUUUGCUUUCUUUUUAAUUUGGAGAAGGUUAAGGUACAAGAACCAAGCUUCCUCUAUUCUUGCAGGCUUUGGAGACUGUGCUGACGUGUUUUGUUGUGACACUUGAGAAUCAUUAGAACAGACAGCUCUGUUAGAGAGCUGUCCUAAAUGGUUUAGAAUAGAUGCUUUUCCCUGAAAUGUGUGCCUAGUCAUAGCCAGUGCACCCACGGUGUGCCCCCUGCUCUUUGGAGCAGCGUUUUGCCUGGCUGCCUGCAGGCACGGUUCCUGCUGGGUGGCGUGCUGCUGGGACCUUCACCUGAGCUGAGCAUCUGCUGAAGGGAUGGUUUAGCAAAGUGUCCCCGUGGCGGAGCGAGCCCCAAGCCCGUGCAGGUACCUGCGGUGCCAUGUGAGGGGUCUGCAGUCGGCGGCGUUUCUUGCAGAGUCUCUCCAGGGAACGUGGUUCAGUGCGAGCGGAGGUGCCAGGAGCCCCUGUGGAGCACAGGUGGGAUAUUGAGUGAAUUUCUGCUCGAUUCCCUCAGACGUCCUUCCUUGCUGUUAGGGUGAAGACCCGCCUUUUAUAGUGUAACACUGUCAGAUGAUCUAAGCCAUUUUAUCUGUAAGCAUUAUACCCCAUGUUUCAAAAUCAGGCCUCCUAACACUGCUAAUGACCAAAUUUGCUUUUUUUUUUUCCUUUUUUUUUCUUUGACUAGAAAUUUACCAAUCCCUAUCUGGAAAUGUUCUCCUCCUAUUCAUGUGUAUGCCUAAAAAUCCAGAGGUCUCAGAAAGCACAGAAACCCACACAAGUACUCUUCCAAAAAUAACCUGCUGGUGCUGUUGCCAGCACAUCUUGCCUGCAGGUAACAUUUUUCCCCUGUGGGAAGGGAAAUCAAUGGCUGUAUGAACCUGUGCUGUUGCCUUGACUUUUAAGGAAGCCUUUUUACUUAGUGAUUCCAUGGAAAGUACUAGAAAUAACUGUGAUCAGCCACAAGUGGUGGUGUGGUAGGACUCGGGGUGCCCUUUCCUCUCUCUGACCCUCACUGCUCGGUGCAGGAUUCAGUGCAGCCACGUGAGUCUCUUCUCCUUCUCCUGGUUGAGAUGAGAGCUGCUGCUAGGGGCAGUUUUCCUCCUGAGGUGAGGGCUCAGCUGUGUUUCUGAGUGGUGGCAUGGGUUUAAAUGACGUGGGUAGGGAGGGCUGUGCACAACGUGCACCUCGUUGUUGUGCUCCAGCUAGCCUGUUGGUGUGCAUUCUCAUUGACCUUAAGAAAUAAUCUUAUUUAUUGUUAUCUAGUGGGUCUAAUCAAGUCCUUUUGCUUCGUUUCAACAUUGGAUUCUCCUGCCUUGCUUCUGUCGUUCAGGCUGUUGUAGGAACUGAUGUGGGUAGGAACAAAAUUCCUGGCACUUGAAGUAACGUCAGCUGUGUCUGCCUCACUGAAGAGGGUUGAAAAAGCCCUGAUGGAGCUCAAAUAAUCCCGUAAUAAAAUGUAAGCAUUUCACCCAGAUUCUGGCAUGUAAAGAUCCAUGCAAAUACAGUCAAGCUUGCUCUGAAAGAAUCCACAGUAAGCUCAUCGUAUGAAAAUAAGGGAGAGGAACGAAGGAUGCAGCAGUAUGGGAACUUAUCGUGGGGGGUACCGUGGGGAAGCGAUGUGAUAAGCCAGAGAUCACUUGAAUCUGAUAACAUUGUAGAGGAAGUGUGUUCAAGUUGGAUGGUGACUUCUGUUAAAACACAACUUUAUUAUUUAGUUGCAAGAAGAUUGUAGUACUUUUUUUUUUUUGUUAACUUUGUCAGCUUUGUUUAAAAACGGUAGUUUUGAGGUGUGUGUGCGCGAGUGCAUGAGCGUGGUGUGGAAUCAGGACAUUUCAUCGAGCACUUCUGCCCCUAUGAAAAUACCGUUCUGCGGACUCAAAACAGCUUUAGAGGUGGUUUGUGUGAAAACACGCUACUGAGCAUGGGCUUUUAAACCUUAAAAGCAGCUGCCAGGUACUGAUCUUUGUGCAGUCCUUCCCCUCGGGGGCCAAAACCGCAGGCUCGCCUCCGUUAGUGAGUUACUGUGUGAGGGGACCCAGUUCUCACACAAAAACAAGAAUUAGAUUGGUACAGCUGUUUUUAUCCUAUACUGUUAGGAUUCUGCUUCGUAUCCACCCAACGGUUCCUGAAUGCUACCUGCAGACUUGCCUGUGUGGGACAGGGAGGAAUAAUAAUAUAAUCCAUUGCCACAUCCUGGGGAGAAGCAGCUCGCUGUUCUCUCUUUCCAGAACAUCUGAAUUUAAUAUCGUAGCUGAUCAAGAGCAAAAGCUACUUCCUGGGUGGAUCGUUACACCCAGAAAUCCCACCACAUCCCCCCCCCCCCGUCCCCGGUAUAUUUACUAAAUAGAAGUGCUUGUGUAGCUGUCGGCUUGGGAAAUACUAAAAAUAGAGGAAAAGGGAAAGGUGUGACUUUCGCCCGUAGAUUAUGCGUUGACACUUGUGCUGAAUGGACGUGAUCAGAAACUGUGACUAAUGUUUGUGUUGGACUGGAAAAAAAAAAAAAAAAGAGAAAUUAGAGGUGUUGGUAGGGGAGGGUAAGAGGGGAUCACGCAGGCGCACGUAGUGAGCUCCGGGUAGUGUGUAGGGAUACUGCAAGCCUCCCCGAAUAGUGUACAAAACAGACCCAACGAAUUCAUAUUGUACAGCAAAAGCUGUUUGAACUUAGGUUUUGUUUCUUUUUUUUAAAAAAAUGUGACAUUAACAAGACUUUUUUUUUUUGUAAAUUGUUUUCCUUUCUGUGUAUAAAAUCCUGGCCGUUCCUUGUUUUUUUUUUUUUUUACAUGUUCAUGCUGUGUAAUUUUGAGAUGUUACUGAGAUUCUGAACAUAAUGUGCAUUUUUUCUGUACAGAUGAAAUGGGAGAAUUUAAUAAAAAGAGUCUGCAGGUUUUUA